AUGAGGACCAGGCAUGUGAACUUGCUGAUCGCGCUCGUCGCCUUCUUGCUCUUCAGUUUCUCCUGCUUCUGCAUCUCCAGGAUGACUCACACCGGUAAUCAAUUAACUAAUUGUAGAAACCAAAUUUCAGAGUUUAAGGAAACUAUACUACGUUUAAAAAACAAAACGGAAAUAAACCGCCAAGAGCUGAUUAAAGCCUUCAAUCAAAUGAAGUAUAAACUUGCAGAGAGAGAAGAUGCAUCGCUAAACUCAGUUAAGAAGAAAGUGAAUGCAUUGAAUAAGAAUGAAACAGUAUCUAAUGCAUUUGAAGUCUUAAGGUUCUUUUUCCCCCAUCUAAGGAAAGUAGACAGAAUUUAUCCUGAUGUAAUCAUUGGCAAAGAGAAAACAGGCGUUUCUUUUGCGCUGGGUAUUUCCACUGUUAACAGAGGAAAUCAUAGUUACCUGAAGCAAACGCUGACCUCUAUCAUCUCCAGGAUGACUCUUUCAGAAGAGAAGGACUCUGUCGUGAUUGUCUCUAUUGCAGAUAGUAACGAAGAUUAUUUAAAAUCUGUGGUUGACAUGAUUACAAAAAAAUUCAAAAGGCAACUGAUGUCUGGGUCCUUAGAAGUCAUUUCAAUACCUGCUUAUUUUUAUCCAAACAUAUCACAUGCCAAGCAAUCAACUGACGACUCAGAAAAAUUAGAGAGUUGGCGAAUCAAACAAGUAUUAGAUUUUUGUUUUUUGAUGCUGUAUGCCCAACCCAAAGCUAUGUAUUACUUACAGCUAGAAGAUGAUAUCUUAGCUAACAAGAUGUACCUUACAAAAAUCACAGAUUUUAUACAUAACAUCACUUCAAAUAAUUGGUUUUAUAUUGAGUUUUCCGUACUUGGAUUUAUAGGGAAGCUAUUUAAAUCUGAGGACUUAACUGACUUCGUACAUUUCUUUUUAAUGUUCUACAAAGAUAAACCCAUAGACUUGCUCUUGGGGGACAUUUUUCAGGUAAAGAUGUGUAACCCAGGAGAAACUCUUGAGAAAUGUACAGAACGAAAUAAGCAUAUUCGCAUUCGAUAUAAACCUUCUCUUUUCCAGCAUGUGGGUAUACAGUCAUCAUUCCCUGGAAGAGAACAAUAUUUCAAAGAAGCAGAACCUCACAGUUUGCAGAAGGCAGGCGCUCUGCGGGAGGGAAAAGUCUUCGGAGGGAUAACGCUAAGGAUAAGGAGGAAUUCCAGGCCAGCUCCGGAGCCGGAUCCACGGAACGAUUGGCCGGCUGCGGCGGCGCUGGGCGUGGUCGGGAGGGUGCGCUCGACCGCGCCUGCCUCGCCCAGCGGCGCCCCUCUGCGGCCGUUGAGCCCCUCGGUGCAGGUGCGCGCGGCACUCGUCUCGGGCCGCAGCCUUCUCCCCGCCCACGGCCGCACGCGCAUGCGCAGUUAG